AUGAAGAAAUUUGGUUUCUCUCCCAAACGAUCUUCAUCUUCUUUCAUCGCUCACUAUCCUUCCCCUUCACGUUUCAUCUUACCAGCACCCUCCAGGAGUUUGUCCGAUUCCGUCAUGGUCCAGACGCUGGAGGUUGUGGAGCCACUCAUCGUCAAAUGGGAUCCAGAGACCUCCACUUAUGCCAAAGUCACCUCGCUCUUCUACGAUAAUCGCCAAGAGGCUUUCGAAUUCAUCAACCUUGUCAACAAACUCCAUAAGGCCAUGCAUUCAUUGGCCGCCGACAACUCCAACUCUGAGUUGCUCAUCAGAGCGCAGCAUCUCAUGCAGAUCGCCAUGAAGCGGUUGGAGAAAGAGUUUUAUCAGAUUUUGUCCUUGAAUCGAGCGCACUUGGAUCCUGAAUCCGUUUCCACUCGAUCUUCCAGGACUUCCACGCGAUCCAGUUUAUCUGAUUUUGCUGAUGAAUCUGAUGACGAUAUACGAGUUGCUGGGGAAUUGAUCGGUGAGGUUGAAGAUGCUGCGGAAGGUGUUAUGAAGGAUCUGAAAGCGAUCGCAGAGUGCAUGAUUUCAUCUGGCUAUGGUAAGGAGUGCGUCAAAAUUUACAAAGUCAUACGAAAAUCCAUAGUUGAUGAAGGUAUAUACAAGCUUGGUGUCGAGAAGCUGAAAUCAGCUCAUGUUCAUAAAAUGGAUGCGGAGGUUUUGGAUCUCAAGAUCAAAGCCUGGUUGAAUGCUGUCAAGGUUGCUGUGAAAACAUUAUUCAAUGGAGAGAGAAUUCUAUGCGAUCACGUUUUCGCGUCGUCUGAUUCCAUCCGUGAAGCAUGUUAUACCGAAAUUACAAAAGAGGGAGCAUCCAUUCUGUUUGGAUUUCCAGAAAAUGUGGCCAAAAACAGCAAGAAAUCGUCUGAAAGGAUCUUCCGGACGCUGGAUAUGUACACCGCAAUAGCAGAUCGGUGGCCACACAUCGUCUCAAUUUUCUCCUUUCCAUCAACAUCUUCCAUCGUGAAUCAAGCGGUCAAUUCAUUGAUAAAACUUGGUGAAUCGGUAAGGUCAGACCUAACCGACUUCGAAACGAUGCUAAACAAAGAAUCGUUGAAAACUGCCGUAGCCGGUGCCGGAGUUCACAAACUUACAGUCGACACCAUGGGCUACCUCUCUCUCCUUACAGAUUACGGCGUUUUAGCUGAUAUCUUACUCGACAGUCCACCAUCGGAGAAAUCCUUAAUGCCAGAAACAUUCUUCGACAAAUCAUUCUCCGAGGAUUCUCCAUCGCCGGCAGUAUCCGUCUGGUUAGCCUGGUUCAUCUUCGUCCUUGUUUGCAAACUCGACGGCAAAUCAAAGCACUACAAAGACGUCUCUCACGCGUAUUUAUUCCUCGCCAACAACCUGCAACACAUACUCUCCAAAGUCCGAUCAUCUAAUCUCCGGUAUCUCCUCGGCGACGACUGGAUCAUCAAACGCGAAUCCGAAGUCAAAAAGUUUGCCGCCAAUUACGAACGGUUAACAUGGAGCCACGUCAUAGAUACCAUUCCAAAAAACGCGGCGUCGAUGACGCGGGAGGAAGCGAGAGACAGUUUCAAGAGAAUCAACAUGAUAUUCGAUGAUACUCACCGAAAGCAGUUGGCCGUCGUCGUACCAGACGGCAAGCUCCGAGACGAAAUCAAAGUGUCGGUGGCGAGAAAGUUGUUGCCGGCGUACAGAGAAUUCUACAAUGCGCAAAGAGUCGAGAUGACAAAAGAUAAAAAGUUCGCCGGAGCUGUGAAAUACGCGCCGGAGGAUAUGGGAAACGCGCUCUCCGAUCUGUUCUUCGGGUCGGGCAGCACGUCGACGUCGGUGUCAUCGUCAGUGUCAUCUUCACGAAAGUCGCAUUCGGGGUGAACGACGUCGUUAAAUUUGGAAUGCGUUUUUGCACCACCCCGGUAAUUUAGGAGGGUUAUAUGUGUAAAUACAAUAUUACCCCUGCAGUGGGCAUGUCAAUUACGAGUGAAUCCAAACCCU